AUGUCCAAUAACACAAACAAUAAUUCUACCAAUAAUAACUCUACUGAUACUAAUUCUACUAUUACAACUACCACAGCAGAACCAGCUAAUACCACUGCAGAAUAUUUGCUCCAGAGAUGCUAUGAAUCAGUUUUAUCGAAUGGUCAAAGUGAUAUUGUGAAAUAUUUGAUGUAUUUUUGUGGCGGAUGGAUAAUAGCUUGGUGUAUAAUCACAAUGUUGGUGAACAUCUGUCAUAAAAACAGUGGCCACCAAAGAUAUGUACAUUUUUACGAAGAACUAUCUAUCAUCCUCUUGGCAAUAUGCAUGUGUAUUCUUAACUUUGUGUUCAAUCAUAAAUCAAAAGUCUGCAAGUUUGUUGCUAUCUUCAAUCACUUUUUUAUGUGUUUGACUGCAGCGAUUUUUUUCGCGGAAGCACUUUUCGCAUCAUCAAUGGUUCAUGGAAAAUCAGACAAAAAUGGAAGUGUGCCUUGGAUUCUCUACUACCUCUUCCCAAUUGUGUUGGCUGUUGCUCCUACACUCGCCACAUUUUUCACUCAGGAAAAAUACUACGGAACAGCGUAUCUACACUGCUUCGCUGAUUCUACCGUCGACAUGUUUUGGGGAUUUGUGAUCCCAGUGUGGGUACUUUUAACAAUAGCUGGACUGAAAGCUCAACUUGCUUGCAUUGCCUGUGACAGACAGUUACCAUCUCAAGACGUUGCUCAAUGCUACUGGGCUAGACGAUCCGUGAAAUCUCUUGUGCUCAUUUCGCAAUAUCUAUUCAGCAUUUGGCUCAUGAUAUUGUUUGCAGCUGAGCAUCAGAAAAUAUACGUCUUCAUUUUGGUAACGCUCAUGGUCAUUUUGUUUGGACCAGCACUUUUUGUAUGUCAUACAUAUUGUCAUUUGAAUACAUGCCAAAAAUGGGCUGGAAAUGGGUGUUUUGCAAGUCUUUAUGCGAUGUGCCCUCCGAAACCUGUGCCGACCGAGAAAGAUGAAGAUGAUGAAGACAAACCGGAAGCAAUACCAGAAAAAACUCCACUUGACGAUCCAAUGUCCGAGAAAAAUGAAGCUCCUGAAUCAGAUAAACCAACGAACAAUGACCGCCCACCAGGACUUUAUAGUCUAACCAAAGCUCCUGGACCAAACGAACUAGUAAGAUCAAAACUAAAAUCAGUCGUAAAGAACCAUUUCAGGGUCCCAACAAACACACGGAGUCACAAAAGUUCUACUCUUGGCUAA